AUGAAUCCUUAUAGAUAUGACCGGCUUUCUAGGGCUAGAGAGCAUGAGAACAUGAACAUGGUCCCUUUUCCUCCCUUCCCUUUUGAUCCAGUAGAGGAGCUGGAGAAAAACACCUUUACUCAGCCGCCUAUGAGGUUACAAGGGCCACCACCUCAAUACCAUGGAACACAAGGGAGGCUAGCUGGAUACCAGGGGGAAGCAGCUAAAUACGGUUCUGCUUCUAGGGAGAAGAUGGAUUCUGACCUAGUCACCCAUACUCACCACCAUUCCUAUAUGGAGAACAGCCUUAGGCCCCAGCAACCGGUCCCGUGUGAUGCUGCCUCCCACCUUACACUUACUUCCCCCGCUAACAAUUCUUAUAUUCAAUCUGCAGGGCAGGCAGAUAGUUUUGCUACUGGUUCAGCGUCAUCACUUGGCCUAUCCCGCGCACAGGAACGCAACCGCCCUUUUUAUAGAACUGUACCGCCAUUUGAACAUACACAAGGACCAGAAGCGAGCAUGUCAACCCAAGAACAGUCAAGGCAUGUCAGUCACGAGCUUCAGGAUACUCGUCACCUACUUUCUUCGCGCCCCGGCUCGUUUGCUACGCUCGCUACUUUCACGACUAAGGGAAAUAUUGCAACCUCACAAGGGAUGGACUCGAGUGACGAAAAUCCAAAGAACUUAGAUAUGUAUUACCACAGCCAUGGAGCUCCAAGCGCGAGAUCGAACCCUAGAAUGGCUGGAAGCAUCAAUCCGGUGCUAGCCCUUCCAUUACAGAACGUAGCCGGGAUCGAGGCUGGAGGGAAUCACGGACAUGCGGGAGAGCUUGUUUCUCAGUAUCGCCAUCACCAUCACAGCCCUCAGCACACACAUAACCCUAGACAGCAUGUGUUUUCAGUCGACCCAGGCACGUCCCAUUAUCCAGCACCAACCUUUGCUCCGCCGAUUCCACGUCCGGUUCCACAUAUGAAUUAUGCAAAGCACGUAAAACAUGCGACCAUCUCGGCACCCGCAACAUCGUCACCUACUCCUGCCCCUAAGGCCAGGCCUCCAAGCCCAAUUGGCCCGUUUAUCCCAGGUCCUGAUAGCACCAGCCCAACGAAACAGGAGGAAAAAUUCAACGUUCAGAAGAUGAUGUUUGAACGGCUCGGAGAGAAGUCACUCAACGAAUCUCUCGAUAUUGACUUCUCGAAGCUUAGUGUCAGCCAAGCAGACCAUUAUCUGAGUCUCAUAGGCGCUCCUCCUAGACCUAAGCCAGAAGCAGAGAAUGUUGAAAAUGUGACCGGUCAACCAAAUAGGACGAAUGUCAACCAAGACGGAGGAGUGACUAGACCCAAGGUAACUCAGGGUUUAACUCUGAGGAAGGCAAUGACGGAAACCUUGGGCUCUGCCGAGCCUCAACCUCCACGACGUGCUCUUUCCGCCCUUCCCGCACACAACUACACAAAUGCUACUGCUAAAGCAGCUAUACCUGAAACAGGAAGCCAUAAGGCCCCAGGUUCAGGGGCUGUAGUAGUUUCGAGGGCUCACCGUCCGGAACGUGAAGACGCUAUGGCUCAAGUAGGGGCCUCUCCGCUCAUGACGGCCCCAUCCGGGAUGCCGCCAUCUGAUUAUACCAAGCGCGAUACAGCCAACGACUUCGACAGUCCAGCUUGGGAUGUCAGUAAUCUCCGGAAAGCCGGCCUUAUUUCCUCACCUGCUCCAACUCCAAAUGAGACGAAGAAUAGCACUCCUCAACCACUUGAAACACACCAGGGUACUCCUCCUACUAACUACACUGGCACACAAUUUGGCCGUAAUAUUGGUAGCGGUAUGAACAUAAAACCAGAUAUUGCCUAUCGCCCGGUUCCCUGGUCCAUGGACACCCCCGAGGACACUGAUAAAAAGACCAAGAAAACUGAAGGCUUAGCUGAAGAUGAAAAACACUCUUCUGGUGAACCACGUCCACCGACUUUGGAAGGAAACCCGAUCGGUACAAAGAGCCGCAAUAUGAUGCUAGCUGCGGAAAAAAAUGCACGUAUAGGUGAAACCCUCAAAUGGUACCGAGCGGAUCACCGUUGGAAUGAAGGCCUUCGCGAACGUUUAGAUGUUACCAUGAAGGAAAAUAAGCAAAGCCAUGAUAAUGCCAAAGCGACCACUACGAAAUCUAAGGAGAUUUAUAAUGCGGCUGAGCAAAACACUGCAUUGCUUGCCCAGGCUAUUGUAAACCUCCAGUCUUAUCUUGAAGGAAACCCAAAGAAUCAGUUAGGGAAUUUCGCACCAUAUGGCCCUGUCCCAGAUGAAUGCUGUGAGCCCUCCAAGGACGGUAACUUCAGUCUUUUUGAUGUCCAGCCUGGUCCCUUCAAGGGCCCAGAGACAAGAAACUAG